AUGAUAAAGACAUUUCCAUUGAACUCUAGGGCAAAGACCACGGCUUUGAAACAGCCGAAAGAGUUGUUUGCUUUUGCUAGAGAUAUUGAUGGUGAAUACAUUUUCGAUUCCACAAAGGCCCAACAAGAGAAUUUAUCGUACUAUUAUUUGCCUGAUGCAUAUGUUGACAAGCAAAUUGAUUUAGGAGGUGGAUACAGUAAUUUCAAAAAGAUUCCAGAAGAGCAAAACCUUGGAGAUUUUCAAGCGUUAUUAAAAGGAGUGAUGAAUCAUGAACAGAGCACCGGUGCCAAGAUAAACACUGACAUAGUUACAUUCAGAGGUUUAAUGACCAAGCUAUUAACAUUGCCAUAUAACUUAAAAGACCCAUUAGAUUUCCAUAUAAUUGUGUACGAUGGGCAACUUUUUAUUAAAAAUAAUGAUGAGAUAGAAUUAAAAAGAAGACAACAAAAUAGCCAACAUGAUGAUCCAACCAAAGACGAGAUGAUGAAAAAAUUUGAAUAUUCUGGAUAUAAAUUCGAGGCAAUAAGUACGUUACCGAAACCAUGGGGUGAUUGUUCCCGUCAGCUUAUAGAGAAAAGAAAUAAGAAGGUUGUUAACAACUACGAGCAAUACAUAUCAGUUGUAAGGACGGGGAUUGGAAAAGUAAAGUUAUUACUCGCAGGUGAAGUUGAUUGUUUGUGGGAUUAUAUACCUGAAGAUGGAAAGGAUAUCUUGCCCCAUUACGUAGAAUUGAAGACUAGCAAAGUGAUAGAAGCACCAGGACAAGUUGUGAAUUUUGAGAAGAAAUUAUUCAGAACAUGGGCACAGAGUUUUCUUAUUGGAAUUAGAAAGAUAGUCUAUGGCUUCAGAGAUGACAAUCUAAUUUUAAGAAACGUCGAAGUAUAUAACACUGAGGAAGUGCCAAUUAUGUUAAAAGAUACCAUUAAUGUAAACACUAAAAUAGUAUGCAUGAAUGCAUUAAAAUGGUACGGAGCAGUAAUCGAAUGGAUAAAUAAUGAAAUACCUAAAGACAUUGAUAAGCUGUGGUCAUUGACAUAUGAUCCGGGUUCAAAGAGCUUUUCAAUAGUUGAGUUGGUGCAAGAUAGUGAAUUGCGAAAUAGCGUUAUCACAGAAGAAUUCAAGCAGUGGAGAUCAACACUUCAUAAAACAGAAUCUUAG